GUUGCUUUGCGCUCAGCUGGGAAGGCAGAAGACUGUUUAUGUGAAGACUGUCUCCGAUACCGAAGGGGUGAUGGUCACGGUAACCUAGCACCAUUCUGGAUUCUACAGCCGGCGUUGUGUUGGCAUCGCUGGGGUAGUCUAGGAAAAGGACACGGCACCUGCAGGACCUUUACCAGUGAGAAUGGAUGCAGUAGAAAAGAGAGUCCAUACGUUUGUGCGAGUCAAGCCAACAGCUGAUUUUGCUCAAGAUAUGAUCAAGUUUGGGCCAGACAACAAGACCAUAGAUAUAUACAUCAAAAAAGAUGCCAGGAAAGGAGUUGUGAAUAACAGGCAGACCGACUGGUCCUUUAGACUGGAUGGCGUCCUUCACAAUACCUCCCAGGAACUGGCUUACAAGACUGUGGCCGAGAAAUUGGUGUCCGAAGCUUUAAUUGGCUAUAAUGGCACGAUAAUGUGCUACGGGCAAACGGGGGCUGGUAAAACUUACACGAUGACGGGAGCGACUGCCGAGUACAAGCAUCGAGGAAUCAUACCCCGAGCUAUACAGCAGGUCUUCAAAGCAACUGCACACUCCGUUGAUCCGUUCAUCGCUGUCCGAAUAUCCUACCUGGAAAUCUACAAUGAGACCUUGUUUGACCUUCUGUCCACCAUGGCAAGCAACGGGACCAGUGAUGUGCAGAUGGCUGUAGUGGAUUGCCCACAGGGUGUUUACGUGAAGGGCUUAUCUAUACAUUCAGUUAGCCACGAGGAAGAUGCUCUAAAUCUCCUUUUUGAGGGUGAGACCAACAGAGUGAUAGCAGAGCACACACUGAAUAAGAAUUCAUCCAGAUCCCAUUGCAUCUUUACUAUUUAUAUUGAGUCUCGUUUCAGAGUUUUCUCAGAUGUCAAAUGCAUUAACUCCAAAAUCAACUUAAUAGAUCUGGCAGGCUCAGAGAGACUGAGCAAGACUGGAUCUGAAGGACAGGUUCUGAAAGAAGCCACGUACAUCAACAAGUCUCUGUCGUUCCUUGAGCAAAUCAUCAUUGCCCUGGCUGAUCCUAAGAGGGACCACAUCCCCUUCCGGCAGAGCAAGCUCACUCACGUUCUCAAGGACUCCCUAGGGGGAAACUGCAAUACUGUCCUAGUGGCAAAUAUCUGUGGGGAAGCUGUGCAUGUGGAAGAGACUUUGUCUUCUCUUCGUUUUGCUACCAGAAUGAAAUGGAUCACAACAGAGCCAGUCAUCAAUGAGACAUAUGACCGAGAGGGGACAGUGAAGGCUUUGGAGAAGGAGAUUGUUCUUCUGAAGCAGGAGCUGGCCAUGCAUGACAGCUUGGUAAAUCAUUCUUUGGUGACUUAUGACCCUCUGACUGACAUCCAAAUAGCAGAGAUUAAGUCUCAAGUCCAUAAGUACCUAAAAGGAGCCAUUGAUGAAAUUGAUAUAGUGAACAUCAGGCAAGUCCAGGAGGUGUUUAAGCAGUUCAAACUGAUUGUAAGUCAACAGGAGCAUGAAGUGGAGGCCAGAUUACGAAGCAAGUACGCUCUGAUAGACAAAAACGACUUUGCUGCUGUUGCUGCUGUUCAGAAGGCAGGUGUGGUUGAUGUGGAUGGCCGUUUGGUGCGGGAAGAGGAUGGACGGGAUUUUGGGACUAGAACUGCUCCUUUUUCAUCCAGACGUGGUGGGAAGAAGAAAUCCGGGAAAAGCAAUGAGCAGCCCAAGAAGGAAGGAAUCAGGAGCUCUCGGAGAGAUCUGGAUGUUUUUUUACCAUCAAAAAGUCAGGUAAUAAUUUCCACCAAGGAUCUGGAUGUGAAAGAGGGAGCAAGGAACCAGGAUACAGCAAAUAUUGACGCAGAGCUCUCAAAGCCAGCUCCUGUGGAGGACCCCCAGCGGCCCAGCUCCCCUCCAUCCAAGCCAGUGGCAUUUGAGCAGUUUAAGGAGGAGUGCAGAAGUGAGAUCAGCCGGAUCUUUAAAGAGAACAAAAGCAUCCUCCUUGCCAGGAAGAAGAGAAGCAGUGCAGUAGCGCAGAGGAUCAACUUCAUCAAGCGUGAGAUGGAGGGCAUCAAAAAGGCUCUGGAGGCUCAGAAGCAGGAGCGGUGGCAGCAGGGAGAGUACGUUGAUGAGAAAGGACAGAUCAUAAUUGAUGAGGAGGAGUUUUUACUCAUCGUGAAGCUGAAAGACCUGAAGGAAGAGUACAGGUCUGGUUAUGCUGAACUGCAGGACCUGAAGGCAGAAAUCCAGUACUGCCAGCACCUGGUGGACCAGUGCCGGAACAAACUCAUCUCAGAGUUUGAGAUCUGGUACAGCGAGUCCUUCCUUAUCCCCGAGGGUGUGCAGGAAGCCCUGAAGCCCGGUGGCAACAUCAGACCUGGAAUGAUUCCCAUGAACAGAGUCAUGUGCCUGGAGGAAGACGAGCAGGAGAGGUUUGAGAGGAUGCAGGAGACAACGCUGCCAGCCUGCCCAGCUUCAGUCUCGUUCUACAAGGCGAAAAUGAAGACUGAUCAAAAGCACACGUACACCAGAACCAUGUCGUCCCUCGAGCAAAUGCGCAAGAAACCCGGGCUCAUCACAGCUGCUGGGAAGAAUAAGCCCCUGUCGUUUCUGCACGUCGUGUAGCAGAUUCGGGCUCAGCCUGGAACCCAGCGAUCAAUAAGCAACGUCACCUCAGAAAGUGCCUUGCGUUCAUGUCCACAAUAGAUUUAUCAGAAAUAAACAGUAGGAAAAAAAAACCCAAAACCCCACCCAACUUUUGUGCAGCUAGACUGGCACUUAUUGGUAAUCAAACCCGCUGUUUAGACAGGAAGCAAGCCAGGGAGUUCAAAUAGCAACGCUUGUUUUUCUGAGUGUCUUUGGAAAACGCAGCGUCACGACAGAGACCUGGGCUGCUUCUGCCUCCCUCCUUCCCAGUGCUGGAGGCAAGGGCCCCCUGGGCUGGUUCUCCACGGAGCGUCAAGCCACAUCUUUGCCAGUUUGACGCUCUCAGGGUGGAUCCUGAGGAGCCAAGUCUGGAUGAGAGCGAGUCCUCCCUUGGAUCGAAGCAACCCGGCGGCGUUUGCUCUCCCGGAGAGAGGAAGGGGCUGGAGAGGCGCACGCAGCAGAGGAGCGUUUCUGCCAGCUGCCUGGCGUUAGACACGGCAGCACCGAUUUAUGGCAGCCUCCCCACCCCGGUGCAGCAGGAAUAGGGCAGUGUUUGCCCGCUGCUUUCCGGGAAGGCGAUUCAGAUCCGGGGGGAGAUCACGGUGCCCAGCAGCUGGAAAGCUCCGGAGGGUACCGUGCUGCUUCUCCAGGCUGCUGUUACCUUUGCCCGCUGAGCGGAGCGUGCUGAAGGCCUGCUGGAAGUCCUCCUCCUCCUCCUCCAGCACCAGUGGAGGUGGGAGGCUGACUCCAGCUUGGCACAUGCCAGGGAAGUUUGUACACCAAAUAGCCAGCCAAGAGAGUCCCAUCUCCUCCUACGGCUGCAAACCGUUCAUAGAAUCAUGGAAUACUUUGGGUGGG